AUGUUGCCCUCAAUUGGCAUGCGUGACUUGUCUGGUAGCACCAAGUCCGACGUUCCCACCAACGCCGCCGACGCAACAUCCAUCGCCAUUACCUCCCAGUCGGAGUUCGAACCUCGUCGGAGCGCGGCGACAUCGGGGCCUGAAAUGCCUCUUGAGACGUCGCUGGACUCCGAAACGCCUUCUGAGAGGUCCUUGAAGAAUGAGACGCCAUGGGCUCCGGACUUCCCGCUGUCGUCACCGCGAUCGUUCUCCUCCAACGGCUCAACCAGCGAGUUUCCAAAUUCGUUCUCCACCGCGCCUUCAAAAGAGGCUUCAGACGAGUUUUCGAACGAGUUCCCCACGUCUCUGACCGACUCGGAUUCCUUUCGUGAGCCUACCACGGCUGCGAACGCAACUAGUGGUGGUAACACAAUCAUCAUCCCGUCGCCUCCCCCGGCUGGACCUUCGGGCUUCACUCCCGCGAUGCGUCGUUUCGGCGGAUCUGGUGGUGCGUCUCCUGCCGCCGCUAUCUCCCCGCCUCCUUCCUCGAGCUUUCCUGCGACUUCCGUUUUCCUCCCGGCCCUGCUGCGACUGGGAGCCGAUCUGAGCGACGACCCCGACGACAGGGAGCAGGUCGUCGCACAGGGGUUCGCCCACGCCCAGGCGAAACCGGCGCAGGGUCGCAGGCACCGUCGCGCGGGGAGCCUGGAUGCAAUGCUGCUGGCGAAAACGAUGGCGGGUGGACAAGGCGUUACUUUCGCGACAGUAGGCGUAGACUUCCGUACUGCGACCACUGGCGGUACGAAUGAGGAUGCGGGCAGGCAUGGCACCACUACUGCUCGUAGCGCAGCAGCGAUUGAGGCGGGCAGCAUGGCAGGAGGCUCUAAGAAGGACGAGAUGAUCCCAGAAAAAGCCACGUCUUUCCCAGCCACGUCGGUUUCAGAGGAAAGCAGCGGCAGUGGCACCAGCAGCAGCAGUAGCAGCAGCCGCCAUGACCCCACAGGCUUUAAGAGCUUUCAGCCCGUUCCGACAGCCGCUCAGCCUGCCGCUGGCUCACCAAAGCCAGCAGUCUUCGGUUCUGCGCGGUUCAGUGAGUCCUCGGGCUUCAAGGGCUUUAAGUCUGCGUUCCUGCGACUCGGGGACGAUUUGGGCGACGACCCGGACGACUGGGAUUGGCUCGCAGGCGGGCAGCAGCUGACGUGGAGCAAUCCUGGCGGUCCAAUGAAGGGAGAGGCUUGCAGAGACGAUGACAGCAGCGUCGCUCCUGCCGGCCACUUUGGCCGUCUUGCCCCCCCCAUCGCUGCCCCUACUACCACCGCCGCCGUCCCCACCACGCCUGCUCUUCCACCUCGAUCCCCAAAACCCGUUGCUGGUCCGGGGCGCGUGGAGCAGGGGUGA